AUGCAACGCCUCGCCCAGGAUUGGCCCCUCGGCGCUCACAGUGGACGGAAAAUCGGCGUUAUCGACCCAAUGCCGUCACUGGCUUUUGACAACGCCCAAUCUGUCAUCGAGCUCUCCCCAGCAGACGACAACAUCUCGCGAACAGCUGAGUCAAUGCAGAAGCUCCCAGUUCACUCCCAAGCCGCACCGGAACGCCUUGUCUGUGCUGUUCUGCCUGAAUUGACUGGCGCGGAGAAAGCCAAACCCUCUGGUAGUAAUGGGGCCCCACACUGGCUGAGAACUCAUCGGCUCGUGCCAGUUGCUCAAGUGCUCAUCGGUACUCCGUCGUGA